UGCUACAAGAAUGCAAAUAUUAUACUUUUCUACAUGUGGCACUCUUUUUGUCUUUUUGAGACUGAAUAUGUUUGAGUGGCAGCGUAACAGGCGAGGGUUUGGUGUUAGAGGCAAAUAAAUAUAUUCAUAUUCUUCACAACAAUGAAACUCUUAGAAAUUGUAGUAAUGAUGAAAAUCAACGCUUUUAUUUUGUGCUUCCUUUGUGGAUUGUUUCUUUUAUCUACUGUGGCAAGUGAGACAUCCAAAGAAGGUUAUGCAAAAGACUCAAAGAAAAAUGUUUGGGUAGAUAAGCUUGAUGGUACCCAAAGAACCAAGGAUAUAAAACCUUUUGAUCCAAAUAAGCCCAUUGGUGCGGGAAAUAAAACAAGGGAAGAAAGGAUGAUGGAAAAGGAGGCAAAGAAGAAGGAAAAGGAAAAGAUAGAAAAGAAUCAUGGGAAAGGGAAAGGGAAAUGAUAGGCCAAUUAACCCUAAAAACUAGAUGCACAACUUAUAUCUCAUGCUUAUGCAUUAUUAGUUGUUAAAAAAUAUAUAUAUAUAAUAAAACAUACACUAUAAUCAUUACAUGAUUGGGUGAAUGAAUAAUAAUAAUAAUAAUAAGAUUGAUGUUGUAUACCUUUCAAAAAAAUAUUGAUGUUUUCUAUACCAUCUAUAA